AAGGGGGAGGUCCGCGCAGCCUCCCCUUCGGGCUCAGUCCGCCGCCGGCGCCGAGGCCUCCAGUCCUGCUCGAGGGGCCCACAGGCCGCGGGCGCAGCCAGUGCCGGCCAGACGUGGCCCAGGAGCCUCUUGGCAGCUCCAGGAAUCUUGACGGGGCUCUGUUGGCCCCCCACAGCGGUACCAUCUGGGGUCCUCCGCCAGUCCUGCCCCGGUUCUGCGCAAAGGAUGUUCAGUCCAAAGAAGCCCUACGACAGCCCCCCUGCCGGCUACGGCCCGCCUGGGGAAGACUACGGGUACCCCAUCAAGUCACCCCCCCCGGGGUCCUACUACAUCGAGGAUGAGCCCCAGCAUUUCUACAAGUGGACCUCCCCCCCCAGCGUGGUGAGGAUCCUGGAGGGGCUGGGCAUCCUGCUCUGCGUGGCCAUCUUCGCCUGCGUGGCCUCCACCCUGGUCUGGGAGUAUGGCUACGGGGGGCUCUACGGCAACACCAUGGGGGGCUACUACGGCGGGGGCUACGGCGGAGGCCUGGGCAGCUACGGCUACGGCAUGGGGAGCUACUACGGCGGCUACGGCAUGGGGGGCUACUACGGAGGCGUGACCAACCCCCGGGCGGCCAACGGCUUCAUGAUUGCCAUGUCGGUGCUGUGCUUCAUCGCUCUGCUGGCUUUGGCCAUCACCAGCCUCACCAAGUCCGGCGGGUCCCGGUCCAGGAGGUUCUACCUGGUGACCCUCGUGGUCUGCGCCCUGAUGGCCUUCAUCAUGCUAAUCGCCUCCAUCGUCUACAUCAUGGGGGUCAAUCCCCAGGCCCAGAUGGGGGGCAGCUACUACUCCGCCAACCCCAUGCUGGCCAUGUGCAAUCAGGUCUACGCCGGGGGAGCCUACUACAACCAGUACCUCUACCACUACUGCAUGGUGGACCCCCAGGAGGCUGUCGCCAUCGUCUGCGGCUUCCUCCUGGUGAUCCUGCUUUGCGUCAUCUGCUUCUUCGCCCACAAGACCCGGCAGAAGAUCUGGCGGUUUGGGAAGCAAAACAUUUACUGGGAACGGCCCCUGGCGCAGGAGGAGGGUCCCAACGUGGAGGAGUGGGUGAAGAACGUGGAUGGCCGAGCCAGCCCCACCGACACGGCCACCCUGGCCUACUCGGAGAAGCCCACUAGCCCCCUCCAUGCUCCCGCCAGCCCCCCUGGCUACACCGAGACCGACUACUCCAUGGAUGUCCGGAGCAGCUCUCCCUUCCAGCCCCCCCUGGACAAGCGCGCCAGGACACUCAGCUCCAGCACCUGGGAGGAGACCCCCCGGAAGCCCCCCACCCAGAGGGGCCAGAGGGCGCGCCAGAGGAACCCCGACCUGGAGGAGCCCCAGUACGAGACCGAUUAUACCACGGCCGUGGAGUCCAGCGACGAGCAGGAGCCAGACGAGUGGGGCAGCCAUUACCCGCCCAUCACGUCCGAUGAUGCUCGCCAGAGAUACAAGCAAGAUUUUGACACCGACCUCAAGCGCUACAAGAGGCUCUGUGGCGAGAUGGAUGGCAUCAAUGACCAGAUCAACCAGCUCAGCGGGCAGCUGGACCAGCUGCCAGAGGACACACUCCAGUACCAGGGCGUGGCAGAGGAGUACAACCGGCUGAAGGAGCUGAAGCAGACACCGGACUACCAGGGCAAGAAAAUGGAGACCAAGUCCCUGAGGAAGAAGCUUUUCCACAUCAAGAAGAUGGUGAGCGAAUACGACAAGCACCGCGGCUGAGCCUGGGAGGGGCCCCGGGACCCCCCCAUGGGAGGGGCUGAGGCCCAGCUUCCUCCUGGGGCCCAGAAGGACGGACUCCGAUCUGCCAACCAAGCAGCCCCCCCCCCCCCGCUUUUCCAUUGGGCCUGGGGACGUUUGGCGAAGCCCUUCUGAGACUCUGGGGGUGCCCCUGUGCUGGUGCCCCCCCCUCCAAGAGACGAGGAUGCCAGUCUGCGUGUGUGUGUGUGUGUGUGAGAGAGAGAGAGAUUUUGUAUAUUUCCUUAUUUUUAUGCUGAUGCAUUUUUCUCCCGGUUUGUCCCAAAAUGCUCCCCUCUGGUUCUUGGGCAAGCAGAGGACGGUGGGCGCUGACCCAGAACUCUCUGUUUUUGUGACCUCUGGGGGAUUUUUUGGCACUCGACGGCCGGCAACCUGACUGCCCUGGAGGCUUCUCUUUGGGGCAAAUCACUCCCCCCCCCCCCAGAAGUGUGCAAUGAAGCCAAAACAUCCAUAAUGGAAAGAAUCCCUUCUGGCACUUUAAAGAGGAGGAAAAGCUUUUGCGCUGAAGGUCUUGGAAUCAAAUCCUGCUUGUUGGAUUGGGGGAGGGGUUUGCACCCCCAACCGCUCACCAAAAGUGGCAUCUGAAAAAGGAAGGAAGCCGGAGGGCAGAGCCACAUGCUUGGCAGUCACCUGUCCUCCUUCCUCUUCCUCCUCCCUUGUGCCGACCCGUGUCUGCUUGGCAAAGGCUGCUGCCCCAAAGGUUCUGCAGUUGAGAACUUGCUCCAGCUUGGCAGUGCCACUUUAGAUGGCAUUUCUGCCGCCUCCUGCUGCUGCCAAAAGCCAGCCGAGGGUCCCACGAGCCCUCCUGGGGAGGGAGGAGGAGGGGUUCCAAGCAAAAGCAUCUCCCCCCCCCCCCCGGGGUGUGUGAUUUCUGCUUUUGGAGCAAAGCAGGCGAGACAGCCGGCUCUUGAGACCCCCUCCCCCCAAAAAAAGUCCCAGCCCAGCAGGAUCUGUCCAUUGAGGGGGGGGGGAUGUAUAUAUUGUGAAAAUGGGGAGGGGGCAGACCUUUUUUUUAAAGAAAAAAACAUAGUGAAGCUAUUCCUUUAAUAAACAUGGGAAAAAUUCUCUUCGUUUGUCUGUUGGCAACGUCUGAGGUUUGGCUUGGAAGUGGUCUCUGGGCCCUUAGCUCCCGGGGGCCCCCCAGCACGUGUGUGGCAAAGCUGGCAGAGGUCCCGGGCAGCCUCUGGACUUAGCUGGGAGAACAGAGCAAGGAAUAACAGGAUAGCAGAAUUGGAAGGGACCCCUGGAGGUCUUCUAGCCCAACUCCCUCCCCAAGCAGGAGACCCCAGACCAUUUCAGACAAGUUGACUGUCCUGUCUCUUCUUGAAAACCUCCAGAGUUUUUAAGGCCUGGGUGCCCCCGACUCCCUCUGCUGCU